UCAGGCUCAAACUUGAGCUUGAACGUUGAUGUCGACGCACCUGACCGAAUCCUGGUACAAUACCUUCCAUUAGGUUCAUUUAACAGUACGUCGGGUAACAUUCGUGUCCAUCACAAUCAAUACUUAGUGCUUUAGCUGCUGACGCUGACCGCAGUGUUUCAAACACUACACGACUGCCAUGUCGACUUGCAUUAAUGCAAAGUUGCCAUCUGAGCUUGUCGACAACAUAAUUGAUCAUCUACACGACGAUAAAGCAUCAUUACAAUCGGCGUCUCUGGUCUGCCACCUAUGGAACCCAGCAGCUCAAUUUCACGCCUUUUCGUCCUUAUUUUUGAAUCAACGACGGAAUGGCAAUUUUGAGUCGUUUUCUUAGAUGGUUACUCGAUUCAUGGCAGAGAUCGCUCACUGCUGUUCACAUACCAUCCAGCUCGAACUCUGCGGCUUUGACUUCACCUUAUCAGCGCUUCAUGAACUCCUCAAAAGCCUGCCUUCGCUGCGCAAGCUGAUUCUUACAUACUCGGUUCUGAUACCGGGCCCGGAGCCUACCCAUGAUGUAUUCAUUGAAACAUUGAUGCUCAAAAGUAUCCGUUUAUCAGUCCAUUCGACUCCAUCCGAAUCAUCAACUUCCGUACUAUCCAGACUUCUCGGCCUUUUCUCCACCAUCCGUCAUUUGCACAUUGAGGAUUCACUGCCCCAGGAUCUCGUAUCUCCUGAGCAUUUUACUCUCCCUAGCAAUGUGACCCUCACGAGUCUCGCCUUGCAUAACAGGGUCGAUGAAUAUGGUGCAUUCCUCGCAAAGCUACAGGCUACUGCUACUAUCCAUUCUCUGCGACAUCUGGAUUUAUCCUUCAUCCAUGGUCGGGACCGAUUCUACCGGACUCGAGACUUCUUGCCGAAUGUGAAGCACUCCCUCCGCUCUAUCCGUUUGGGCAUGGUGGAUGGAAUGAGUCCUUGGACUCCCCAUGAAGUUGGAGGAGAUAUAGCGGAAGCAUAUAGAAAGCUUUCGCUCUCUUCAUUCAACUCCCUUGAGACGAUUUCACUGCUGAUCCCUUACGCAAAUCACCGCGACCAUGCGUUGUUACACCUCUCCGCAGUUGACACACUACCGCUUCGCAUUCGCAAUCUCACUUUGGAAUUCUACUUCUCAGUGUUGACCGAGGUUGAAUGCUUCUCUGACAUAGACAUGUGGGCGGAUUUGGAGUCCAAGGUGACUCGGUUCACACGCUUGGAAGCUUUCAACUGUGUGGCAGUUAGCCACACAGGAAGCGAGAGGUACCCAUUGAGCGACGCUGCGCAGCGUGAGCUUCGAGAACGAUUACCGAGGCUAUCUGCGAAGGCAUUACUACGAUUCCGAUAACCUCUGGAUGCUAUAUCGAUGCAGUAGCACUGCUUCAUGAUCCAAAUGUACAACAACGUCUGGUAGGACACUUGAUGCUUCUCUAGCUCACUUAAAUGUUAAUACAACAGAAACAGUGUUUCCCGAUCCGACCAACCAGCCAUUGACAGUAUACAGAAUAAUGCAAGUCCAGCUAGUGUAAUACAGUCAAACAAAUACAUCAACAACAUCCAAAGGGAAAGCGACGAGAAAUCCUGGUCCUAACGAAUUAAAAAUGGGACGAUGCCAAUCCCGCUACAACAAUAACGAACGAAUAAAAGGAGGGAUGAUCUACUACGACAACAAAGGGAUGAAACCAAUACAAUGCAAUGGAGACAGGGAGGAUACGGAGAGUGUGUGCGUGUGUGUGGUAGGGAGAGAAGCGUUAAACGAGAGCAGCGUCUGCCAGGUAUUUACGGAAUAUGGAAUCGGAUACGUUGGUGAUGAUGCUCUUUGUGGCCUUGGUAUCCUAAGCGCAACACAUUUCCCGUGUU